GCAAUGGCGUCUGCCAGGCAGCAGGUCUUGUUGACUUAACGUUCGUGGAAUAGGUGCAACACUGCAUUCUCUGGUCAUUUUUUUCUCCCUUCGCGAGCCAAGCAUGGCGGACCUAGAAUCUUCUAGCCGCGAGAUGCGCAAGUCGGCAGACCUGAGGAGGAUACUGUUCAAAGAAGAGGAGCAGGCCAAAACGAGACACAUCCGCAAGCUGAUGAACAAACCGGCCUGGGAACGAAGUCCCGACGAGGAGUGCAUCUUGGAAAACUCGCGAGACCUGGUGCAACUCCUUCAGGAGAGAUCGCGUAAACGCCGGUGCAACGAACAACGUCUACAGGAGGUACAAGACCCGCCAGCAGUGCUUGCCGAAAAGUGCGAGGCAUUGGCGACGGCCAUUGCCGAGGCUCGCCACUUGGUGGUGUACACGGGCGCCGGCAUCAGCACGGCAGCGCGCAUUCCCGACUACAGAGGACCGGCAGGUGUAUGGACACUGUUGCACAAGGGCUUGACGCUUCCCGAGGUGCAAGACCUGAGCCAGGCUUGCCCGACCUUCACACACAUGGCACUGGCGCAGCUGCAGCGUACAGGCCACGUCAAGCACGUCGUCUCGCAGAACUGCGACGGCCUGCACGUGCGCAGCGGCCUCUCUCGCAAGCGCCUGUCCGAGGUGCACGGCAACAUGUUCCUAGAAGUGUGCCCGCGUUGCAAGCCCCUGCGGCAGUACUUCCGCCUCUUUGACGUCACCGAGCGGACAGCGUUGAGGCGGCACCGCACGGGUCGCCAGUGCCAUGUUUGUUCCGCGGACCUGGUUGACACCAUCGUGCACUUUGGCGAAACAGGCCGGUUGCGCUGGCCGCUCAACUGGCAGGGGGCGGGACGCGCAGCCGAUCGGUGCGACACCAUUCUCUGCCUCGGCACCAGCCUCAAGGUGCUUCGGAGAUACAGGUGCUUGUGGGGUCUUGACCGGCCCGUUCGAGACCGACCAAAGCUGUACAUCGUAAAUCUACAGUGGACACCCAAAGAUGAAUCAGCUGUCCUGAAGAUCAACGGCCGCUGUGAUGACGUCAUGCGGGCUGUUAUGGAGCACCUAAAGAUCUGCGUUCCCGAAUACGAACGGCACAAUGACCCGCUGUGGAAGCUGCAUACGCCCGUGCGGCCCAAGGAAAUGCAAACGUUCACCCGGUUGCCCCUGAUGGUGGCAGAGCAACCCCCCCACCAAGACCAUUGCUACGCCAUAUCAAUCAAAAAGGAAGACAACGAGGAUGGCAGUGAGAAUGAUAGUGAGGACGAGGACAAGCGGGUGAUCGUCAAGCAGGAAACAGAAGAGGAAGCAACGCAGCUCGAGGAGGAGAACGAAGAGGAUGUCGACAACAAGAAACGGCCGAGGCUCGUUGGCUGGUAUGGGAAAGGGUGUGCCAAGUGGCGCCGGAAACGUUAGCGGACGAGCUGUGCCAUUCUGAUUCAAAAUAAACGGUCUUCUGCGUUACUGGUUGCCGAUUGAUGUGCCACUGGCCUCGGAUCGCGUGUAUCCGUGCUAGACACCUGUGAAAGGAAACUUGGGAACAGCUUCCCCAACGCACUGUGUUGAAUGACAACGGCCUCAUGAAAGUUUGCGCUGUGCGCUACGAUGUGACGUGUUUGUGCAAUUGUUUUGUGAACAGGAGAACAAACGAUGCCCUUGCCACAUUGAUGGAGAGAGUACAAGAUGUGUUGGUCUCAAGGGUCUUCUUCACGCGUUGCGCCAUCUACCUAUCGUGUGUUGAUAAACUGUGACGGGAUGUGAUUGAAGUCUGCAUAGAAGCUGGUGUGUGCGUGUCAUCUUUCAUUGCACGGGUCAUUUUUAUAUUGAAAAAAAGGCAUGUGAUUGUGCCCAACGAGAAUGAAACUGUUGCAGUGUUUCGCAUAGAAAUGUUGAAAAGUGAUUGUGGUGGUCGUGAAAUUCUUUGAGUAGGCACGCACUUUUGAUACCGAGCCUUGUGACUGCUGGUUGUUCUUUUUGCAUUACUGACAGUUUCACGAUUCAGACGUAUUUUCGGUAAAUCGAGCAACUUGUCACUGUCUCCUGUACUGUAUGGUCUGCACACAAAUUUUGACGAGUGUUGCUUGUGAGCAGCUUCAGUCUACGAGAAGGCGCGCAGAUGAACUCUGCAAGACAUUUAGAAAUCGAGGUUUUUGAGAGGUCUUGAAAACUAGCUCCCCAAGAUAAAUCAAGUAUGAACUGAGCUUCUUGGCGACUUUGUGAAGCGUUCCAAAUCUCCUAGAAUUGUUUAAACUGUCAUUGAAGGAUUGUGUUUUUAGCCUUUCGCUUUAGUGGUGUGGAACUAUUGCUACUGCGUGCUUUUGAGAAUUAAUCAUCGCACGGUAGAUUAUCACAAAUGAUACCACAAACACGAAGUGUCGUGGCAUGUUUACAGGCAGGGUUCAUUGUCCUCAAAGUGGUUUUACACGCGAGCUUCAUGACUUCUAUAAACCAGCUGAGCUGUUACGUAGUUAAUCGGGCAAAGCUUGUCAUUCGCUGUAUUUGUACAAUUUAUUGUUAAGUAAAACUUGUCGUGCCGACAAGUUCUGCUAGAGGUAUCCCAGAAGACCUCAACGAGAUGUAUAAUAAGUCAACAAAAUCUUUGGCAUAUUUUGUUAUUACGUGACACUUCUCAGUACAUAGCUGUGUUUGUACAAUUUACCCUCAAAUUUCUUUCAUUUGUUUGGGAAGACUCCAUUCACAGCCUUUAAUUUGAUAGGCUUGUCAGAGUGGAAUAUUUGACUUCUAAAGCCUAGCUUUUGGAAACUAUCUUGAAUAGUCUAAUUGACUCGUAAUAGUUAAUUGUAAAAUGAAACCUACAAUGACUGCAGAUAUGAAGUGCUGUACAGCCGCGGCCACGUCUGUGUAGAGCGCGCAAGCAGCCAGUUCUUGCUCCGCAGCGCGAAACCUUGAGGGAGUUUCGGGCUCUGAAGUGGUGUAUCAGGAGCAAUCGUGUCCUAGUUGUGAGGCUGACCACAUCAGAGCCCGAUACUGCCUCAAGGUUUCGCCUCACAGAGCAAAAACUGGCUGCUUGUAGGCUCUACACAGACGUGGCAGCGGCUGUAUACUCACACGAUUUAUUGGUUAUGACGAAGUAAAUGAAAAAUAGCCCUGCUAUCGAUAUAGUGUUGGGAAUAAACCUGUAUAACGAAUUUUCGGAUAUAAUGAACUCUAUAAUAAAACGCUUUGUAACCUGUUUUGUAAACAAGCUCUGGAAAAUGUUUUACAGAUGUGCUCUGCAUGACAUGUAGACUUGUUGAUCUGUGAAGCCUGCCUUGGGAAAUCAAACUUGUUGGUCUUGCAUGCCAUUGUAAAGUAAUAUGAUUCGUGAAUCAAUGUAAUUACAGAUAGCAUUGUCAUUUCCAACCUCCUAUUUACAGACGAGUCCUGUAGGUCUUGUGGAUAGCGUCCACAAGUCUUAUCGUAAACAAGCCAGCACUCGUGGGGAACUUUGCGAGGUGAAGUCUCUAGUUAGUCACAUUUAUAUAACUCAUUUUGACAAGCUUUAAGCAGUCAUUGUUUUAGAAAGGCUGCGAUCUCAGCCUCUUGUUUGAAAUGGCCAAUCGGAAACAGCCUGUAUUACUUCUAAAGCCCUUUUUGAGCUCGAGUUUCUUUUACACCUGUCAUAACUCGAUUGAAAAUUUGGUGUAUAAUAAUUGCAGACACAAAAUGCUGUAGUACGUUUACAGGCAGCAGUUUUGGUUUUUUUGUACUCGUUGGCUAUGCAACAUAAAAAAAAAACAGAAAAAAUGUGUUUUUCAUCGAAUUAAGGGUCUGUGCGUUUAUAUAUACAUUUUUUAGGUGUGAAGCAUUUAAAUAGACCUUGAUUAUAGACUAACGACCAAGGCACUGCGUCAUUACAGGGAUACCUUUGUGAAAGUGCAAGGAACUGCAGCCGAGUAGUGAGACAGUGGCCGUGAACUGGAUUUUUUUAUUAAAAGCUUGAAUCAAAUCUGAAUCACAGUUACUCAGGCAAUUUGAGAUUGUGCCAAAAAACUUAGUUACAAGCAAGAGCACGUUAUUAUUGCUAUAUCAGCAGUGUAUUCAACACGUGGCAGCAUUCGAGCCAUUGCAGUGGCAAUGUGCCUUGGUGUGGUCUACAAACUUACAGAUUGAUAGAACAAGAUAUGUGCAAGUGACGAGUUGUGCAACACAAAUUUUGUGACUUGUGAAGUUUCAAUUGUCUGUCUGUGCAUUUUUUUUUUUGUACCGUAUCUGAAAUAUGCAAGAACUCAAAGACCUUCAUGGAAUGCCAAGUGCAAAGUGACCCAGCUUCUGAUUGCCGGUGAUGCUUAUAGUGACCGUCUUUUUCUAACCACAUCGUCAUUGCAGCAGUGUAUUUCAUUUUUUCACUAUAGCUAUUUCAACAUUGCGUAGACUGAGGCAAAUGAAAAACCUUUGUUGCUUGUACUGAUGAUGAUGGUGUCUUGCAGUCUUCCGAUUCCUGGUACAGCAUUGUAACGAGGAGGGUUUGCCAAGAAUUAAACGACCUAUGUCACUUUGGCUCACAAAUCUAGGGUCUGGAAGGCUGCAUCUCGAAACAAAGCCUCUCUCUGCUUUCCGUAUGACGUCUGCCACAUUUACGAUGCAGUCUGUCAAUGCAAUGUCUUUUCGAAUGGUGCUCUGUCAAAAAGCCUUUGUACUGUGUGGCGUGAGUGAUAUCAUACGUCAGUAAAAGGUCUGAAAGCUCUGGUA